UAGGCAGGCGCCGGACACGCUCCACGGUCAGGAAGAAAUAGGAUAACGACGGUGUUUGACUCAAUGUUUGACCGCAGAACUACCGUCUGGCGACUAGAUGAGCUGCUUUGUGAUAUUUGCGGACUUCUGCAGGUCUAAACCGGAACACGACGCCUGAGCACCGGUGGAAACUUGACAGUGCUGGAGUAGAAAGAGUAGGGAUUGUUCUGUGUUGAAGCCCGGAGCCCGGAGCGCGCGCGUGUUCGGUGGACUCGAAUGGUGUGAAGCUCCAGAUGAGGGACUCAGCCGUCCGGGAAUGACAGCCGCUGUCACCGGGAGUGACAGCCUUCACUCGUCCCCGCUCCGCUGAAACUGUCCCAGCUGACACCCAACACUGAUCCGGAUUGGAUCCAGCCGGACCAGGACUAUGCCAGAGAUGGAGAAAGGGAGACCACCGGAAAAUAAACGCAGUAGGAAACCCGCGCACCCCGUAAAGAGGGAGAUCAACCAGGAGAUGAAGACGUUUGCAGAAAGCACCAUGAACGAGCUGCUGGGAUGGUACGGGUACGACAAGGUGGAACUCAGAGAGUCCGAGGCCAACGAGAUCAGAAACUACAGAGAGAGGCGUCAGCAUGUGUCUGUGCUAAAAGAAAACUCGUUGCCAAAGCCCAAGAGCUUGGACGCAAAAGUGGGCCACUCGGUUCUGGCCAUGAAGAGCGGCGAGAGGGAGUCCUCCAGCGUCCCCUCCUCUUCGUCAUCCUCUUCCUCCCUCACCGCUCCCAAGGAGCACAAGAGCGCCCCUGUCAUCGUGCCUCUUAUAAAGCCAUCAGCAGUGGAAGACGUACAGAACGUGCAGAUCGUGUGCGUGUGGUGCCAGAAGGAAGGCGUGAAGCGCUACUCCCUGUGCAUGGGCUCCGAGCUCAAGAGCUUCUGCAGCGAGAAGUGCUUCGCCGCCUGCAGGAGAGCCUACUUCAAACGCAACAAGGCCAGAGACGAAGACCUCCACGGUGAGAUAUCCCCUCAGCGUCCCCACGCAGAGGACUCGCCCCGGCUGGUGUUGAAGAUCAACAGCAGCGUCAGAUCUCUCUCACCUGAACCCCAGGUGUGUGACUGGUGCAAGCACGUCCGUCACACUAAGGAGUACCUGGACUUCGGAUCCGGGGAGGAGCGACUCCAGUUCUGCAGCACCAAGUGUCUGAAUCAGUACAAGAUGGACGUUUUCUACCGAGAGGCCCGCGCCGCUCUCACCAGCACCAGCUCCAGCCCGAGCAGGACAGCUCAGGAGGCGAGGGUGGACAGCGCGGCCGGGCAGAAGCUUCUCACUCCGGAGUCCUGGAACAGUAGCAACAGCGCAGGGGAAACUCGUCACAGAAACAUCUCUCCUAAAGGGCCGUCACUCAUCCACGGAUCGGCAGAAUCCGCCUCCAUCUCCUCCUCAGAGGCAUCUUCUAAUUCUUCAUCCAAGGUCUCUGUCUCUGGGCUGAGAACCCUGGAGAGACCCAUCCAGCCUCCUCCUCCUCUACCCACUGUAGAGGGGCUGCCGCACACUGCUCCUCCUCCUCCACCUCCUCCCCGGCUCCCUCUGGAGCAUCAGCCGGUAUCUCAAAUUCCUAUACCGUUCAUCAGACCUCCACUUCAUGCUCAGGGCCUUAGAAGUCCCCUUGCCAAUCCUCCCAGACACCCAGCUCCCCCUUCCAGUCCCAUCCAAAGACCCCCUCAUUCUCCCCACCUGCAGCCCCCUGUCUCUUCUUCCUUGAAUCCACCUGGACUGAUGCAUCCCUUUCCAGGAGCCUACUUUCCUGGCUUGCACUCUCCUCCCUUGAACAUGCUGCCAAGAGGUCCCGUCCCAGUGCCUCCAAUAAUGAACUAUGGUAUCCCGUCUUUUAGCCCUCUGCUGCCUCAGCCCACUGUCCUGGUGCCUUAUCCCAUCAUUGUCCCCCUACCUGUCCCCAUUCCCAUUCCUAUCCCCAUUCCAGUCCCCUCUAAAGCACCCCCCCCCGAGACUCCGAGUCACAGUGGAGUCAUCCAGCUUGUGCCAGAGGGGGCAGACAGGAGUAGGUCCAGGGCUAAAAGGCCGUCAUCUCCAGCAAUCCCUGAAGGGGACAGCAGACUGGUAGCAGGUAAACUGGGGGGGACCUUGGCUCAAGGUCUCCCCUCACCAAGUGACACAGAGUGGGUUAAAUCAGAGAGGCCCUUCCCGUCCCCAAUAUCUACACCCCACAGCGGCACAUCCUCCCCCAGGACACAGUACAGUGAAUCUCCAUCCUCAGCAUCAGGGUCAGGGGGGCUAACAGACUACAAGCAGCAGCAGUCAGAGCGACAAGUCAUACAAAGGGUUCUUCAAAGGACCCAAGUAAAGCUGGAGCUAAGUACCAAUGGAGUGGUGGACCUAUCGGGGCUAGGAGGAUCAGGAAGUGGCCAGGGCACCAGGUCCGUGUUCCAUGAGCAGAGUAUCAUCAGACCCACUGCUUCUCUACCACAGUCUCCUUCAAAUGACAGUGUCUACCAUCACCAAGGUGACCACACUUCCCCUUUGCACAGCCCACCCAGCCCCACAGGGAGCACCCAGCCAUGCGAUGCCACAUCCUCGGCCAUCAAAUCUCCAAACGGGAUGUCUUCAUCCACACCUGCCAGUCCAGACUCCUCCCUACCCCAAAGAGCACAGGUACCUCCCCCUGACCCUGCUCUCAGUGAGCUGGAGGCUAUUAAAGAGAACAAGUGCUCUGUUGUUGGCCCAGUACGGGUUGAGGGCCCUCGCAGCCAGUCGGAAGAACCCUCCACAGUGGCAGGGGAUGCCGGAGAGGACCCCCAUGUCCCCGAUGAGGACCACGCCUAUGCCCUGCCCACAGCGCCAAAGACCGGUGGGACCACCACCCCGCUGCUCCUGCCCAAGCUCAGGGAUAAGGGCAGCCUGCGGAACCCUGCGAACGUGCCCAGUGGUGGCGACAUGGAGCCAGCUCUGAAGAGGCGAUGCCUACGAAUCCGAGAUCAGAAUAAGUAGAGGACAGAGGCGGCCUGUUUAACACUGUGCGGCGGUGCCAGACCCAGUGCCACGCCCUCUGCUGGACAACGCCAGCGCUCCACCCCUCCAGCCCCGUCCCCCCAUCGCAGCGCCGCUCCGACCCAGGGCGCAGUCCAGACGGCCACAUUAAGUCAGCCGUCGCGCCCCUCGCCUUGGACCAAAAAGAGCCGCCGGCCCGCGUCGCGUUGAGUCGGCGAGCGCCUGAGACGGAGCGACCCGCGUUUCCUGCCUGGGCGACGUAGUCCGAACGUGUGCGUGAGUUAGUGUGGCUGCCCAGAUGCGCUCCUCCUCCUCCUCCUCCUCCUCCUGCUCCACACAGCAGACACGGCUCUGAUCAGCCUUGUGUGGUCCUCUCAGAUGGAGCCUGAAUAUGAUCUCUUUCCAGGGGAAACGGUUUGUUUUCUCUGCCCAGCUUGCACAAAGAGCCACAUUGUUCCUCUCCCCAUAUCCCACGCUGACUCCCCACUCCAGGUUUUGGGUUACCUGGCCGACUGGGGCUCAGACUUCAGGAGCGUUUUUAUUUUUUUGACCAACAGCUAGAAAUAUAUAGUAUAUCCAUCUCUCUUCCACCUCUCUGCUCGCAAUGCAGUACACUCUAAACAUACUAGUCCUGGGGAGUGAUUUCCUGCUCAGCUGGCUUCUCUCGAGGGAGGGGAGGACUCCUGCUGAGGUUAGGACCGGCUCCUUGGGCAGAGUCUCUUGAGUCUGACCGAGCUGUCAGGACAGGACCAUACAAGAUGCUCCCUCCACCUCCCCUACGGGUUAAAGGAUGGGACACACUGUGCAGCCGAGCUGGUCUGUGAUGGUCCACUCACCGUUCACCUGAGCAGCCAAAGCUUUAAUAGCCAAUCAGAAUCGUGCACGUUCACAAAGAGCAUCCAAGGCACAGGACAGUUCAUAUCUGAUUCUUCAUGUGAGUGGCUGCGAUCAGAAGAAGCAGGCCUCUAGUGUUACCAGACGUGGUAUUAUACUCAACCGUCUAAUGCUGUAGUUGCAGCGAUCAGUAUUACCGUUCCCACUGUUGGGGACACCUGAUGAGAUUUGAUCUAGCUAGAUCACUUUAGCGGCUUUGUCAACACUUGUUCCAUUGUAAGGGUUCGUUUUUUCUAGUUUGACUCUCCACAGACACUAUUUGAUGUUAUAUUAACUUAUGGAUAAUGCAUCUGUAGAUUUUGCAAAAAUAAGUGCUUUAUUCUUAAUUUGUUGUCGUCUCUUUCGGUGGUUGUGUGCGUGGGAGUCUGCGCUCUCCGAUGCCGUCGUCCCCACGUCCUUGUGCUGUGUCUCCACCAGAGAGCAGUGUUCGCCUUUCGUAACUUGGCCCCCUCUUUGACAGAACAGCACCGGGAGCUACAGCUACACACGACACAAUGCUGCAUCCAGUGCCAACUGACUCACCGACAGCUCCUCCACGUCCCGCUGCCAUUCUUUUUAUCUCGGACUCCCACCGCAGCAGCAGUGUCACGCCCAGGAUGCUUUCAGCUGCCCCCCGUUAGGCCUCGGCCUAACGAAGCCUCCGGCCCCCCGGGACGAGGAGUCAUCAUAACCCGCUCCUAGAAUAACUUCACAUGUGGCCCAGUCAUUCCGACAUACUUGUCAGUUUGUGUGUGUUCAUGUGCGUGUGCCUACAUACAGUACGCGGCUCAUUGUCCCCACUCAUUCCAGCCUACAGCGCACCCGCACCACAGGUCAUGCCUUUAGGUAGGUGUCAUCCUCAUCGAGCAGAGGGGCUUCAUCAGCCUGUAGGAGCUGGUGAUGACACGGUAAACAGGUGUCGUGUCAACAAGUGGCCCUCGAUCCUGACGCCACAACUCAAAUGACAAAGACUGCCACUUUGGUAUUAUUGCACAUUUUAAUCAUUGCCAUUAUCGAUGUGAUCCAGUUUGUGUGUAAAUCAAGCGUUUUGACAAAACAUACUUUUUAGUGUCAAAGAUUUUGUUGCUGUUGCCUGAAACACAUCGGUAUUUUGUGACCUCCGCUGUCUGAAUAGAUUGUUUGUAUUUCACUAUAGACCCAGUAACCAGGAGCUUCGGUGAAGACCUCUUUGUAAAGUAAAAUAAAUAAAAUGGAUUAAGAGCA